CUCUCACUAACAGGCAAGUAACAUGCACCAGUACAACAGAGCGGAGGUUCUCUACCACGCCCUCUUCAACCAGCUGUACACAUCUGAAGCCCCUCUCAUACAGGUGGUGUUGCCAUGCCUGCUGAAUGCGCUGCCAGUGUUGGAGAAAUCCCCUGCUCUCACUGUCGCCUCCCGGAGGCUCAACCGGUAUGACACGGUGCUGCGUCUGGUCCUGUCCCACAUGGAGGUGGAACACAAGCUGCCUCUGCGCAGGGUCUACGCCGGCAUCCUGCCACUCUUCAUUGACAGGUGGGCCGCUUGUAUCUGUCUGCACGCAGUGCUUCACAUCGUCUGAAGCAAA